AGUUUAUUCGUCUGUGAUCUCAUAUGCCUGGCAACACCAAUAAAAUAAUGUUGUCUUUUUCUGUGGUCUUUUUGGUAAAAAAGUUGAGAAUUGCGAAGAAUUUGUGACAUGGCUGGAAAUACUGCUGAAGAAGUUGAGGGGCAAGCGGGCGCAGAAACGAAAACCAACAGCAGUACAGAAGUCCCGCCUGAGUUCUUGAUAAAACAUCCGCUGCAAAAUACCUGGAGCCUCUGGUUUUAUGAUAAUGACAGAUCCAAGUCUUGGGAGGAGAAUCAAAUUGAAUUAACGUCAUUUGAUACGGUGGAAGACUUCUGGAGGCUGUACCACCACAUCAAGCUACCAUCAGAGCUGCGUCAGGGCCAUGACUAUGCGGUGUUCAAGCAGGGCAUCAGACCUAUGUGGGAGGAUGAUGCCAACAAGAUGGGUGGACGUUGGUUAAUCAGUCUUGAGAAGAAACAACGCAACUCAGAUCUUGAUCGGUUUUGGUUAGAUGUGGUUCUCCUUCUGAUUGGUGAAAACUUUGAUCAUGCUGAUGAAAUUUGUGGGGCUGUUGUAAAUGUCAGAGCAAAACUCGAUAAAAUUGCUGUGUGGACAGCCGACACGUCAAAGCAACAAGCAAACUUGGAAAUUGGUCGGAAGAUAAAAGAGCAGCUAGGUAUCCACGGCAAGAUUGGCUUCCAACUCCAUAGAGACACCAUGGUCAAACACAGCUCCGCUACCAAGAAUCUUUACACUGUUUAGUCACUAAAUUAUUUGUAUACAAAAUCAAUGACGGUUAUCAUGACUUUAAAAUGGUUGUAUUUUUUUUCUAAAAAUAUAUCUUUAUUCUUUACAAAUUCAAAAAUUCAAAGUAUGCGAAUUUCUGGAUGACUUCAAAAAUUUUUACAAACUUGUGCUGACAAAAGUUCCAUGUAUUUUAAGUAUGAAUUAAAAAAGGUAUGCAUGCACAAUAAUUUUAUUAUUCAUGCAUGAAUUUAAAAAGAUUCACUUUGUGGAAAAAUUAACAUAGGUGCACAUUCCUUUGCAGUCUUUCUAAGAAUAGUACUGAAACCAAAAAAGUUUGUAACCGUCAUUGUACUACAUAAUUUUAGCAGAAGAUUUAGUAUUUACUUUGACAGUCUUGUGGGAGAUAAUAUUUUGUUGUUAUAGUCUCAUGGUCAUUGUGUAUUUUGAGCUGAAAAGAAAGUCUGAUGUUUGUACUAAGUUGUGCUUGAGAACUAAGUUAUAUUUGUUGAACACAUUAGGAUUUAAGUACGUAUUUACACAAAAUUGAUAGUUCAUAAACAUAGAAGAGCAAAGAUCCAGAAUGGAAACAUGUUUUUAAAAUAUAAUUAUAACUACUAAACGCUUGCUUGAUGAAUUAAAUUAGUUUCCAAACUGUAUGCUUGUUACACCGAGAUUUUACUAAACAGAUUUUUUAUUUAUACUUAAUCCCAGUCACAGCCUUUGAUAUUGUCAGAAACCUUGUAAUAUGCACUUUUUAAUCUAUACUCGCUACCUUAAAAUGAAGAUUUUUAAAUUUAUGUUUGUCUGUUUCAAAAGGAAAAUAUUUUGGUAUUUCAUAAUAAAAGUUACUAAAAUA